AUGUCCGACGCUUUCUGCUCCGAUUGCAAGCGACAGACCGAGGUCGUCUUCGACCACUCGGCGGGGGACACCGUCUGCUCCGAGUGCGGUUUGGUGCUCGAAUCUCACUCCAUUGAUGAGACCUCCGAGUGGAGGACGUUCGCCAACGAGUCCGGCGACAACGACCCCGUCCGUGUCGGCGGACCGACCAAUCCUCUCCUCGCCGACGGAGGCCUUUCGACGGUGAUCGCCAAGCCCAACGGCGCCAGCGGAGAGUUCUUGUCGUCGUCGCUCGGUCGGUGGCAGAAUCGCGGCUCCAAUCCGGAUCGGGGAUUGAUUGUCGCCUUCAAGACCAUCGCUACCAUGUCUGAUAGGUUGGGACUUGUUGCAACCAUUAAGGACCGGGCUAAUGAGAUAUAUAAGAGGGUUGAAGAUCAAAAAUCUAGUAGGGGAAGGAAUCAGGAUGCCUUAUUGGCUGCUUGCUUGUACAUUGCUUGUCGACAAGAAGACAAGCCACGAACAGUAAAGGAAAUUUGCUCUGUCGCCAAUGGAGCCACAAAGAAGGAAAUUGGCCGAGCAAAAGAAUACAUCGUGAAACAGCUGGGGUUGGAAAAGGGUAUGACGGUGGAGAUGGGAACAAUACAUGCUGGGGACUUUAUGAGGCGAUUCUGUUCCAAUCUUGGGAUGAACAAUCAAGCAGUUAAAGCUGCCCAAGAAGCUGUGCAGAAGUCGGAAGAGUUUGAUAUAAGGUAG